GUAAGCAGUAAAUAAAAAUAAAAAAACCCUCGGAAAAGGAAUGCAUUUUGUGGGUAUAAAAGUGCAGAGAUGUUAAGGGCGAAAUCACAUCCGAACUAGACUUCAGUUCUUAGUUUUGCCAGCGUCUGUGAUAGCAGUGCAGAUUUCAUCAUGAAAUUCGUCCUCUUAGUUACCGCCUGCCUCGUCGCCUCCGUCUACGGUGAGGCCGAGUUGAACAUAGAGGACAGCGGCAAGUACAACUUCCUGUACAGUGUGGAGGACGCCGGGGCACACAAGAGGCAGGAAUCCUCUAACGGAGACGGAACUGUCUCUGGCAGCUACAGCUACGUCGACCCCAAUGGGGACCUGAGGAAAGUCGAAUACAAGGCAGGUGGCAGCAUCGGAUUCCAGGCCACUGGUGACAUCAGCGUCGACAAGAAGACUGCCGAAAAGGCUCAAGAAAUCGCCGCACUUGCACCCAAAGCCCCAGUGGUCGAAACUGCUGAAGUAAAGAUUCCCGCUUCUCCCUUCACCUUGCCUCUGUACGCCCUUCCAGGAAUUCACGCCCCAGCACAUGUUUUGGCUCAUCCCUUGGCACUCCCCUAUGCCUACUUUCAUCAUCGACCUCUAUUCGUUCUCUAAGAUGUCAUUUCUGGGGGCACAAACUGUUCGAAUAGAUUGCUGGUAUUUGUUAAAAUUUAUUGUAAUUUUAAAAUAAAUUUUUAAGGAUUGUGUGUCA